AUGGUUACAGAGGUCAUUUACAGGGUAAAAGUUGAAGACGAAAUCUGUGAAGCAGAGAGCCCAGGAACAGGAACAGCAAAUCUCAGAAACAGAAACCCUCUGAGAAAAAUGCAAUCUUUGCCAGUCUCUUCAUCCCAAAUUGUCUUUCUGCUAUCAAUCACUCUGAGUCUCCUCAGAGUAGCUGUUACCCAAGAAGGGUUUUGCUCUGCGCCGUCAAUCAUCAGCACUGACACCAAUUCUCAACCUCUCUAUUGGAAAGUCACAAACCCCACUCUCUCUCCUUCUCAUCUCCAAGACUUGCCGGGGUUUACCCGCAGUGUGUAUAAAAGAGACCAUGCUUUAAUCACACCAGAAAGUCAUGUAUUCAGCCCUUUACCUGAUUGGACCAAUACAGUGGGAGCAUAUCUAAUCUCUCCGGCAAUGGGAUCACACUUUAUUAUGUAUUUAGCAAAGAUGCAAGAAAAUUCAAGAUCAGAGCUCCCUUCAAGUGAUGUUGAGAGGUUCAUAUUUGUGCUUGAGGGUACCGUGACACUCACCAAUUUAUCUGGCAUUAGCCACAAACUUAUAGUAAGAGAGUUCCUCUUUUUUCCUUUACCGAUUGUGCUUUUUUAA